AUGUUCUCACCUUCUUACUUCGUUGUAUCAAGGAGGGUGCUAUGGUAUGUUCUCACGGCAGUAGUGGUGAUGAACUUCAUCAUUGUCUCCUAUUUCCAGUUGGCAAAUUCCAUUACCGACCUUCUGAGUUACCAAGGAACGUCCAGAUUGUCCAGUUUUCAAAUGGCAGCUCUUCAGUUUUUCAAGGUUCUCGAGGGCGACAAAAACCGGUUUGGUCUUGUUGACAGCUCAUUAUGUCAUGCCGUUGGCAACAUUGAAACCAAGGACUUCUUACCUGAAGAUGGAAAGGACUUGGAUGAUUUUUUUUACGAUCCAAGACUCACCCUCUCGGUGUAUUUGAAUGAGCUCACCAAUUUGGGCCAACGGAAAGAUACGCCAGUUCUUCCGUUCCAUUGGACAGACUGGAUCGAUGUCACCCUCUUAAACGAAGAAAAGAAGUUGCAGGAUCCCAAACUAAUGACAUGCGAGCGGAUCCGUAGGCGGACUCAAAGAAACCCCGAUACUUCCCCAUUCUGCAAGAAUAAAGAUGACCUCUCCAUAGAGGAAGUUAAUUCACUUGGUUAUAAGUCGAAAGAUAUCUUACCUCCAAGUGUAAUUUUUGGGCACUGCAAGCAUAACAACAAUGGUUACAACGAUGUCAGAGUGUACAUGGCGAAGUCAUAUGUGCUGACUUACCUUCCGAAGCCUUACAAGGUAAUAAUUUUGAACAAGGAGAGAGGCACGUAUGAAUUUGAAGUCGAUCAAUCGAACGGACCAGAGCAGCGUAUGGUAUUCAGCGGAAUGUUGGAUCGUUUUUCCAAGAAGAUACUAAAAGUAUCUUCACAAUCCUUGCUUAAGAAAAAGGUCUUUACCGUGGACCAUUUGAGUAUAUUCAAAAAAUUACGUAAAACAGUGAAGCCAAUUUUCAUGCCUCGGUCUCAGGAUGUUCAUUCGAUGAACCAAAUUGUCAUGUCAUCUCCCAGCCACUCCAAGGACAUCAGCUUGACGGAAGCCUCUUUCGAUUAUACAAAAGAAAAGAUCACGCAGAAAAUCGAAGAAUAUGAGCAGAUCAAGAACAGAACCAUUCAGCAAAACAACUUCCUAGACGGCUUGAAGGACUGCUUGCUUUACGACGGACUGAACGAACCAGAAUAUUUUAAGAUGGCCACCUUGAACAUUCGUGAGAGGAAAAAUAAACUCAAUGAUUGGGGUUGGCAUUAUGAUUGGAGGUUCUUCAGUGAUGCUCUUUUUAUUGAGAAAGUUGGUUGGACUAAACAGGAACGUGUGGAGAGAACUAAUAUUAUUUUGGAGCGUUUAUUGAGAAACUGGAACAGAUUUGCCGAGGAAAAAGGUAUCGUGUCGUGGAUUAUGCACGGCCCAUUACUUUCAUGGUACUGGGAUGGAUUGAUGUUCCCGUUCGAUGUCGAUAUUGAUAUUCAAAUGCCAAUAUCUGAACUCGUGAGACUUAGUGAGUUUUACAACCAGACCUUGGUGGUGGAGGACCCAACCGAAGGCUACGGAAGAUACUUAAUAGACGUUGGAACAUACAUUCACAACAGAGACAUUUCUCAUACGGGAAACCACAUUGAUGCUCGUUUCGUGGAUGUAGAUUCCGGAAUCUACAUUGACAUAACUGGACUUGCCAAGUCGCCGGCUAAUCUUCCAGAAGAGUACGAAAAAACCCCAAUCGUCCAAAAGCCGAAGGAUGAUGGGGAGGUCGAGGUGUACAACGAUCGUCGAAAGCAUUUUUACACAUUUGAUCAGCUCCUGCCAUUGCAUUACUCCAUGAUGGGUGGAGUGCCAUUAUUCGUGCCUAAUCAGAUUGAAGAAAGGUUAAGAUUUGAGUACUCUCAUGGCUUAGAUGAUUAUGAAUUUCACGGAUGGUACUUUGUACCUAAGCUUCAACUCUGGGUGAUGACUGAUAAGCUCUCAAAGGUACUUCCAGAAGAACAAAUCAGGAAGGAUGGGAAGCAGUUGCGGGAGUUGGUGAUCGCUGCAGCUAUUGACAUGACGGAUCAGCAAGCGAUCGACAUGCUCAAGGAUGAUGAAACAUUAAUGGAGUACUACCUCACACGUAAGUUUACUGACUGGCACUCAAGAGAACGGGAGAUACUAUUCACUGAAGACGGAAAGGACAAUAUCAACGCUCUUAAAGAUCCCGAGAUCAGAGCCAAAUACACUCAACUCACAGGAGAAAUUACCAUGGGCAGGCCGUUGAGGAAGUGUCUAUUCGAAUAUGAAAAGUUCGACAGAAUGCUCUCCCUGGAGUAUUAUUUGCAUAACAAUUAA